AUGGAUAACAUCUUUACUGUCAAUGACGUUGUCCUAAACAGACGAGGUUAUCAUAUUCCUGGUACACUUUACUUGUCAUCAUUUCAUUUGGUAUUUGGUUUUAACCCCAGCCCCACGUCAACAUCAGGAGCAAGACCUAAAGAAAUAUGGAUAUGUUAUCCUAUGAUAGAAAGAAUUUCAAAGGCAAGAGGCUCCUCGUGGAUUAAUAAUAUCAAUGGCACAAAUAAUAAGAAUAACACCAAUGGUUCUGUUAUUGAAGAACCUCCAAAAAUUACAUUGGAUGGAUUUGAUCAUUAUAGUGCCUCACACAUUAGAUUACAAUGUAAGGAUUUCACAUAUUAUUCUUUUGAUUUCAUGAAUGAUUUGAUAUGUACCGAAUUAUUUACAAAAUUGAGUUCACUUAUCACUUUAUCAAAGACAGAGAAUGACAUAAAACAAUUGUAUGCAUAUGAAUAUAGACCAAAUAUGUUGGAACAGAAGUUGGAACCCAAGGGCUGGGACAUCUAUGAUCCAAUUGAGGAGUACACUCGAUUAGGUUUAAUACAGAGUGAUGAUACUUAUUGGAGAGUUACAGAUAUAAACAAUGAGUAUAAGUUUUGUCCUUCGUAUCCAAAGGUCUUGUUGGUUCCGAGCACCAUAUCUGAUAAUGUUUUAAAACAUGCUAGUAAGUUCAGGUCUAAACAAAGAAUACCAGCAAUUGUAUAUAAACACAAGGGAAAUCUCAAUGGGAAUGUUAUUGCCAGAUGUGCUCAGCCAUUAGUUGGUUUGAAUAUCCAAAAUAGAUCGAUCCAGGAUGAAAAAUUGAUUGGUGAAAUAUUUCUGUGUCAAGAACGUGAGAGAAGCGAUAGGAUAAAUGCAGUUGAUGAAGAACUGGGUUUCCAGCUGCAACAGCCACAAAGAAAUUUAUUGGUUGAUUUGAGACCUAUUACAAAUGCUAUGGCACAACAUGCAUUGGGUGCGGGUACAGAGAAUGUGGAUAACUACCGAGGUAGACCAAGUGGUGGCAGUACUUCCUCAAUCACAAGAGAUGAACUAUCACAGGACCAAAAUCGACUUGAGAAUGAGUCUCCACAACGUGUACGAAAUGUCGAGAAGAUAUUUUGCAAUAUUGACAAUAUCCACGUCAUGCGAGAUUCAUUGAACAAACUAACUACCAUAUUAAACGACUUGGAUAAGUACCCUGGCAGUUAUGAUAAGCUGUCGGCAUCUGCAGCUUUGUUACAACAGGCAUUGACUAAAACACAGUGGUUGAACCGAUUGUCAAUUAUUCUUCAAUCGGUAGAUCGAAUUACGAAAUCAAUACAUUUGAACAACACCAAUGUUGUCAUACAUUGUUCCGACGGUUGGGAUAGAACGUCACAAGUUUCCGCAUUAGCUCAAUUAUGCCUUGAUCCAUUCUAUCGAACUAUGAAGGGCUUUAUGGUCUUGGUGGAGAAGGAAUGGGUAAGUUUUGGAUUUAAGUUUUCCACUCGUGCAGAUCAUGGAGGUUGUAUUGGAGCCAUUUUCAAGAAAAAGGUCAAGAACUCGUUGUCUAUUGACUCAACAAAGAAUAGAAGAGAUGAACAAUCCUCAGAAGUAUCCAUGGAAGGUUCAGUGUAUUCUGAAUCACAAUCAUCUGAAGUUGCAAAUGGGGGAAUGGGUACUGGUGCCGCUGCUAGUGUCACUUCAUUUUUCCAGAGGGCAGCACGAGCAGCUAGAGAGAUUAAAAACACUGCCCAAAAUGGACUUUCUUCAUCUCCUGGGCCAGAAGAUGGAAUUGAAAAUGGCAAUUAUAUUCCAGCAUCAUCCAUAUACAGUGGCAGCAGCGAUAGAUCACCUAUAUUUCAUCAAUUCUUGGAUUGUGUAUAUCAGAUAUACCGUCAAAACCCAUCUCAUUUUGAGUUCAAUAGCCGUUUCCUCAAAAGAUUAUUUUAUCAUCAUUAUUCGUGUCAAUAUGGAACCUUUAUUUGUGAUUCCGAACGUGAAUUAUUCGAAACUUACAAAGUGCAAGAGAGCACGGUUUCAGUAUGGGACUAUUUCAAUUCUCGACCAGCGGAGUUUUUAAAUAAAUCAUAUAAUCAAUCUCCAGACAAGUCCAAUACCACUAAUGACGGGGUGAUAUUUUUAAACUAUGCUGAUCUCAAAUGGUGGCAUGAAUUGUAUGGUAGAACUGAUGAAGAAAUGAAUGGUCUUUCAAAUUCGUUAGAUCGUAAGUUUGCACAAAUGGGACUUAAUAGGAGAGAAUAA